AUGGCAAAUACAAACAUCCUUGGCCUCACACUCACGCUCACACCCGCAGCGCUAACAGCGCUCCGCAUCGCUCCCCUCAUAGGCAGCACCGCAUCCCUCACACACGCAUACAUGGAAUGGCUCGUCACAACCUCCUUUCUCAGCCCAGCACCCAUCCAUUCAGCAACAAGCCGCUUCGUCCUUGGCCUGAACGCACUACCCUCACCACCAGCUGUCAGUGGACAGAAACCCAAUCCUGAGGAAGUAUCCCAAACGUAUGCAGAGCUCGAGCAUGCGAUGCAAGUCGUAGUCCCGCAUUGGUUCACCACGUUCUUCAACACUGCUCUAUACUCGGUUGUCGGGUUCAACACUUUUACUCUUGUCUCUGCGAGUCUCAAUUUGCUCGUUUCUUCAUCUCAAUCUGGCGGGGAGGAGAGUAUGAGGUUUUACGGCAUUGGCCUUGUGGCGGCGGCGACGCACUAUGCGUUUGUUCCGUUGGUGGGAUGGAGUGUCAAGGCGCUGAUUGGGCUGUGUGCUGGACGGAUACAGGGUAGUGGGGAGGCCGGAAGGGAAAAGAAGGCGGUAGAGUGGAUGAGGGAGUGGGUUGGUUGGCAUAGGAUUCGGAUGGCUACGGUGGAUACGAUUGCUUGGGCAUGUUUUGCUUGGGGGGUUAUCGAGGCUCUCACUGUGUGA